AUGAAUGAAUCGAAGCCCGACUGGUGGUGUUCCGCGUCCGACUCUGCAGUUACCGAUGGUCUCGCCGCUGCCAUCAAUAACGGACUCGGACUCAUGUUCCCUGACACCACCACCGACUCCAUCCCCUCGACCCCGAUUUCGCCGACACCAACCGAGAUACGAGGAUGUGAUGAGGAGCCGGUUGGACAGAUUCCUCAAGAAACAUGUCACCACUCUGUUGAUUUUGGCACUGAUGGUGAUGGUCAUCUGCACGUCAGCAAUGGCAUUCAGCAACAAUCUGAAAUUGCAAGCAGCACUGCGACUACUCGAGACGUGCGACAAUCAAACAGUGAUCAACUGGCUAGCCGAAACUCUCACCAAGGCGCAAGGUACAUCAAUUUGUAA